GUGGCGGGUCACUAGUGCAGUCGCCGCCGUGCUCUACACAUCCCGUCACACACGCACCCUGGCCCCUUCCCGUUCGUCUAAACUCCUCCUUGACGACGGCCAACCUGUCACGAACGCCUCAUUAUUACAAGGAUGCUUUUAGGAUUCUGACAACGGGUUGUUGUUUGAGGCACCAGCUGAGGAUUCACUGAGUGAGGGCGAGAAGGACGUAGUUGCCAAGAUGGGCGGAGGGACUCUGAAGGGUGAUAUGGAACGUCGCUCCUCCGUCCUCUCCCUCGACUCCGAGGAUGAAAAUAAGCUGGUGGAGGUGAAGACCGGGUGCUGCGGGCUGGACCCCACCACGGGCAGGGGGAAGCAAAUCCACCUGGCACAGAUGUUGCUACUGCCCUUCGUCCCCAUCAUGGCGCUCAUCAUACAAAAUGGUCUGAAUAUGGUGAAUGUGCUGCAGUACCAGUAUGAGAUGCAGGAGACAAUUGAUCAGGUCCAGAUUAGCACGGGGCUGGGGAAUGUGACGGAGGCUCUUCAGUCGGAACGCGCCGAAAUUGCAUUCUACCUGUUUACCAAUGGUUCAGUUAUAAGACGGAACUUGUCGGAGCACUUCGCCUACACUAAUUCUCUGAUUGACAACCUCAAGUGGCCAAUGUUCCGUAUCGAGGAUCCUCUCUUUAAGAACAAGAUUCUCUUUCGAAUCCGCCUCGACGACUUUAGAGACAAGAUCACUAAGUUCGACACUCCGUCCAUCGAUGCCGGGAUUCGCUUCUACAACAGAGCCAACUACAUCUUCCUCGACCAGUUGACAAGAGAGAUCAAAGAAAAAGACAGCUCAGGGGUGUGGCGGCCGCUGCUGGCCUACAAGAACUUAAUCCGCGCCAUUGAACACCUGGGCAUCUCCAUGGUGUUUGGGGAGGAGUACUUCGGCAGAGGGGACCUCGACCACACAUCUUACCUGAACUUCGUCACCAACGACGCCCUUGGUCAAGAUUUCCUCAACGCAAGUAAAAGUUUUGCCUUCUGGAUUAAGGACAGGUACCUGCAGCUGCAGGAUACAUACCCCUGGUACUCCAACAUCACUCGUCGUCGUCAGGAAAUCGUUAACCGCGUAAAGAUUCAGCCAGACUUUGACAAAGCUACUGAGUACUUCUACGCCAUGCUGGGCUACCUUGAUGCUCUACAGAAGAUCCAGUAUGAGAUCCGAAUUAGGAUUGAAGAGACCAUCCUCUCGGAGGUGACGUCGUCUAACAGUCACGUGGUGGUGGGCAUCGCCAUCCUGGCCGUGGUGCUGCUCAUCUCCCCAGUCAUCAUUGUGCUCGUCAGGAUGGUGACGAGGACCCUUCAGGCAUUUACUGAGACUCUGCAGUACAAGACAUAUGAGCUGCGGUACGAAAAGAAGCGUUCUGACAAGCUGUUGUACCAAAUGUUGCCGCCCACAGUGGCCCAACAGCUGAAGCAGAGGAAGCAGGUGUCUGCCGAGACCUACGAGUCCGUCACCAUCUACUUCUCCGACAUUGUGGGCUUCACCGAGCUGGCCUCAGAGAGCACCCCCAUGCAGGUGAUCUCUUUACUGAAUGCUUUGUACAAGAUGUUCGACUCAAGGAUUGAACUGUACGAGGUGUAUAAGAUAGAGACUAUCGGGGACGCCUACAUGGUGGCGUCUGGUCUGCCCCAGCGUGGAGAGGACCCCAUCAGGGGAUCUACCAACCUGGACCGCCUCAUAUACACCUCCCCAGUCUACAAAAUUAUGAGUCACACGGGUUUAGGUAAGGAUCACGCGGCAGAGAUCGCCUCCAUGGCUCUAGAUCUCCUACACGCCACAGAGAACUUCGUGGUCCCUCACAAGCCCGGCGAGCGUCUUCAGAUCCGAAUUGGUAUCCACACAGGACCUGUGGUGGCGGGGGUGGUAGGCUCCAAGAUGCCCCGCUACACACUCUUCGGAGAAUCUGUCAACAUCGCCUCCAAGAUGGAGUCAACAGGAUUGCCGUUCAAAAUCCACAUCACGGCCUCGACCAAGGAAGCCCUGGACAAGGUGGGAGGAUUCAUCAUGAAGCUGAGAGGAGAGAUGGAGAUCAAGAUGAGCCAGAGAGUAUCACCGCAGGGUAAGGGUUCCAUGGAGACCUAUUGGCUCAUCGGCAAGCAUGGGAAGUUACCUGAACGUCGGGUGGAGUCCGAUAAAGAGGAGGAAAUCGAUGUCAUGGCUGAGAAUCCCCACACAGACGCUCGACGAAAGCAGAGAAAGGCGCAGAAGAAGAAAGAGAGGGAGAACAAGGAGAAGUCAACACUACGCAGAGCCAUUGACUCGGUGAAGGAGCACCUACCCAACCAUGAAUAAGCUAAUGAUUAUAUGGUCAUUACACGUUUGGAUGUUCAGUAGGAGCUCAGGUGGAGAGCCGAGACGAGGGAGGGUGAGUCACAGAAAACGUAAAAUGGAAGACGAGCGACCAGUGAAAUUCUGAAACAAGACAACAUUUCCUCGAUUCAGAGUCAGCCAUAGAAGCAAAAAUUGAGGAAAACAGUGAAGUAGAGUACACGGCAGGGUAAAGAUUUGGUAGAGACCAACCACGGAAAUUGUUAACAAAAAUAAGUUUUUCUAGUGUUUUUCAUUGCGUUUCAUACGAAUCUGACUUGUCGGAAAUGAGUUGUUAUAGAGAUACCCCCCCCCCCCACUACUGACAAUUUUGAUUGCACAAAGUGUGCAGGAAUUUGAAGUAGAGGGAAAUUGUGGGAUAAAAAUACUAAAAAACUGACCAAACCAAGCGCAAUGAAAUCUGACCUAAACUAGCCUUACCCAACUUAAACCCUAACUUUACCUAACCCAACCUUACUUUAAUUAUCAGAUGGAGUAAGGUAAAGUGAUGUCACCUGCAGAAGGAACUGGUGUAGUAUGGUGCUGUGAUCCUUGUGAUUAGCUUGAAACAUGUACCAAGCGAAAUAUUGUUGGUAACGUUGUGCUUUGUUUCCAGCACGAAGCACCCAACUUUUGAUAUCCUUCCACAGGUGUUCUAUAUUUUACGUAUGGUUAUGGUUUACAGCUCGGUGGAUGUAACUAGUUACACCAAAGGGUACUGUAAGCCCUCCAAAAGCCAGAAUGAAUAACACUACCCGCUUUUACAAAACACUGAAUUAGCAGUAUGAGAGUAUCGGCACUGUAGUCCUGGACUGGUAUGAUGAAUUUACUUUUGGAUUUUCUAAACUUACUUUCGUCUGCUUCCGCAACAACACCAGCACCCCCUGGGUUCCUGGUUAUCCAACUGAAGUUCACACAUCCCAGAACAAUUCUUCUGCUGCAUAGCGCUGAGUAAAGUGUUUUCUGGUGAAUGUAUUACAAAAAAGCAAGUUUUUCCACACUGACCUGUGUAAUUUGUCCAACCAAGUGCCUUUAAACACAGAAAGUGUAAAGACACAAUGAGGAGACCUCUUUGUCUUGGGGAUUUUCUGUCUUUUAGUGUAAACCCAGCGUGCCUAUCUUCACAAUAGUGACAGUCUGAACCACACUUAGGACACUUUACAGAAGAUAGAAAAACACUGAGCCUUGAAAGGUCAACAGCAGAGGCUUCACUUUCAAACACACAUUGAAUGGUACGUGAGUCUGCCAAUGAGCAGCCUUCGCACAAAGCUGCCAUUUUGUAAGUUGUCACUACACAAUUUAAAUUCCAAAGUUAGGGCAUAUACAAGAGUGUUACGUGACAUCGAGACUUCCGCCGAUUAAGAAGCAAACAAUGUAUCCCCGCGAACAUGCACUUUCUUAAGUGAAAUCGAUAAGUCAAAUUAAUUCGAAAACUAUAAAUUUGCGACGAAAAUGCUACAGAGUGAAGCAUUUAUAUUGUUUUUAGUUUUUGUGUAACUCCCGAUAUGAAAAUGAAUAUAGAGUUUCGCGGUUGGUCUCAACCGAAUCUUAACCUACGGCAGCUUUAAUUUGUCAUCUUGGCGGUGACGAGCAAGAGCUAUACUGGAUAAGAUGUCAGUAACUUGCCCAGUACUUACUGUGAAAAUUACAGGGCAGAUCAUAGUGGUGCAGACCCUUCUAUUGACCUCACGUUCCCAGUGUGAACUUGAUGUUAUGUCCUAUACACUACAACAUCCUCUAAGAUUAUUAGUUACAAAAAACUAUGUUCUUCUCAAAAAGAGAUUUUAAUUAAAUAGAAUUACUGUACUGAAAUUCAUAAUGCAACUCCUGCAAAUAGUUGUUCUUUCCUGUAUGCUUAAGAUAAGUCUUUUCUCUAAGACAAGCCAAAAAAAUUUUAUGAUUCAUAUAUUUAGCUGUUAGAAGAAACUGCUGGAGUACCAAUGGAACUAGCAGCUGGGGCACCCGUAGCUGUACAUAGAGUAACUUGUAAAUGUUUAGCCCAAGUUUAAGAUCAGACUGUAGUUCCAGCUCAUUCCAUAUAGCGAGUAGUUGAAUCCACUAGAAUUUCGACUUCCAUCUAAUUCUUUGCAUAAAUGAACAAGUAAUGAAUUGUCUAAUGUGUAAGACUUAUGUAGUUUUGUAUAAUCAUAAGUACGUAGGUAUUCUAUAUAUAUAUAAUUACAAGUGUAGUGAUGUAGAGGCGGUGUUGUAAAUUUGGACUAUUACCAGAGUGUGCGUAGCUAAAACAACUCUCCCGGUACUAAAGCGGUGAGUGACUCGCGAUAAUUGUUGCUCGCCUCUUUUCACAGUCAGUCUCACUCGAUUCAAACCUCAAUAUAAAACUAACCCUAACCAAC